GGCGGCGGCGGCGGCGGCGUGCGGGCUGGCUCCCCGGGCUGCUUCCUAACUCGUCAUCCCGGGCUUGCUGGCGAGGCCUCCUUUAGGUCUGCAGGAGCGCGGCCGAGGCCCGGGAGGCGCGACCCGGGCUGUCUGCGGCAGAGCUGCCUCCACAGUGGUGAAAUGUGCUGCGAGAAGUGGAGCCGCGUGGCGGAAAUGUGUCUCUUCCUGGAGGACCGGGAGGAGGAAUGUAAGAUCCUGUGCCUUUGCUCCAGGGCGUUUGUAGAGGAUCGAAAAUUGUACAAUUUGGGAUUAAAAGGCUUUUACAUCAGAGACAGUGGCAACAAUUCAGGAGACCAGGCAACAGAAGAGGAGGAGGAAGAUGGUUAUUCCUGUGGUACUGCAGAAUCACAUGACAGCAAAGGUAUAGACCUAGAUGAAAAUGAGCUUGAUUCUGAGGCCGAACUCAUGAGAAGUAUGGGAUUGCCACUUCAAUUUGGUAGGACAUCUGCACAUAAGAAUUUUGAGGUAUCUAUGAAUACUAGAAAUAAAAUAAAAAAGAAAAAGAAAAAACAUCAGAAGAAAUACUUAGAUGAAAUUAUGCAAGAAUCUUGGAGAAAAGAAUAUGAAGAAGAUGACAUUCUGGCUUCAGGUGAUCCACCGUCAGUUGAACAGUGUGAGAACACCAGAAGAUGUAAACUUCAAAGCAAAAAAGAUACUGAGGUGGAAAAUCAUCCUGUUGAAAACAUACUAUCUCCAAAGCUAGAAAUUACAGAGAAAUGGGAAAAGUAUUGGAAUGAAUAUGGAGGAGGAUUGUUGUGGCAAAGUUGGCAAGAAAAACAUCCAGAUCAAGCACUAUCUUCUGAACCUUGGAACUUUCCUGAUACAAAGGAAGAAUGGGAGCAACAUUAUAGUCAACUUUAUUGGUAUUAUUUGGAACAGUUUCAGUAUUGGGAAGCUCAGGGUUGGACUUUUGAUGCCUUGCAAAGCUGUGAUACAGAUACUUAUACAUCUAAAACAGAAGCUGACAAGAAAGAUGAAAAUUGCGUGAAAGUUGACGUAGUAUCUUUUCCAUCUACACCUAUUACAGUUGAUAAUGACAGCUCUGGUACAAAUGAUAAGGAUCAUAGUGAAAUACUUAAUGGAAUUAGUAACAUAAAACUGAAUUCAGAGGAAGUAGAACAGAGCCAGCUAGAUUCCUUUAUAAGUCAUGAUGAUCAUCAACGGCUAAGUGAAGUUAGUUGCAGAAGAGAGUGCCCUGCAUCCAGCCAAAGUGAACCAUGUAACGGAGGAACCAAUGAGGAAAGCAACUUAACAGGAAAUAGAAGCACAGACCCAGCAGCUCAGGGGUCACAGAAGUCUUCAGAAACAAACAAAAGCAAAGUCAGACUACACGCCAGUGGUACUGAUGGAGAUGAAAGUGAGGAAGAUCCACCUGAGCAUAAGCCAGGCAAACUCAAGAGGAGCCAUGAACUGGACAUCGAUGAAAACCCAGCUUCAGACUUUGAUGACAGUGGUUCCCUUCUAGGAUUCAAGCAUGGCUCAGGACAAAAAUAUGGUGGAAUUCCAAAUUUCAGUCGUCGGCAGGUCAGGUAUCUAGAGAAGAAUGUGAAGCAUAAGUCUAAGUACCUGGACAUGCGCAGACAAAUAAAAAUGAAAAACAAACACAUCUUCUUUACCAAAGAGUCAGAAAAACCAUUUUUCAAGAAAAGCAAAACUCUGAGUAAGGUAGAAAAAUUCCUAACAUGGGUGAAAAAACCAAUGGAUGAAGAAGCAUCACAGGAAUCAUCUUCUCAUGACAAUGCGCACAACACUUCCACAAGUAGUGAUUCAGAGGAACAAGACAUGUCUGUUAAAAAAGGUGAUGACCUACUGGAGUCUAGUCAUCCAGAACCUGAAAAGUGUCAGAGCAUGGCUUCAGCUGGUGAACUUGAAACAGAAAACUAUGAAGGAGACAGCUUGGUAGCAACUGUUCCAGAUGAGCAGGAUUGUGUUACUGAAGAAGUACCAGGCUCCCUCCAGGCAGAAACCGAAGCUGAAGUGAAAAAGAAGAAGAAGAAGAAGAACAAAAAGGCGAAUGGUCUGCCUCCUGAGAUAGCUGCUGUUCCUGAGCUGGCCAAAUACUGGGCCCAGAGGUACAGGCUCUUCUCCCGUUUUGAUGAUGGGAUUAAGUUGGACAGAGAGGGCUGGUUUUCAGUUACGCCCGAGAAGAUUGCUGAACACAUUGCUGGCCGAGUCAGUCAGUCCUUCAAGUGUGAUGUGGUAAUCGAUGCAUUCUGUGGGGUUGGAGGAAAUACCAUUCAGUUUGCCUUAACAGGAAUGAGAGUGAUUGCCAUUGAUAUCGAUCCUGUUAAGAUUGCUCUUGCUCGUAAUAAUGCAGAAGUUUAUGGGAUAGCAGAUAAGAUAGAGUUUAUCUGUGGAGAUUUCUUGCUGCUGGCUCCUUGUUUAAAGGCUGAUGUUGUGUUCCUCAGCCCACCUUGGGGAGGUCCAGACUACGCCACUGCAGAGACCUUUGACAUUAGGACGAUGAUGUCGCCUGAUGGCUUUGAAAUUUUCAGACUUUCCAAGAAGAUUACUAAUAAUAUUGUUUAUUUUCUUCCAAGAAAUGCUGAUAUUGACCAGGUGGCAUCCUUGGCUGGGCCUGGAGGGCAAGUGGAAAUAGAACAGAACUUCCUUAACAAUAAAUUGAAGACAAUCACUGCAUAUUUUGGUGACCUAAUUCGAAGACCAGCCUCUGAACCUAACUGUGCAGCAGUGGAAGGACCAAAGAUUGUGGAGUAAACAAAACAUUAUUCAGAUGAGGUGUUCGGCAUGUCUUUCUCUAUUCACUGAUAUUUUCUACCCAUGGUCUUAUAUUACCGUAGGAAAUGGAAGCUUACAAGACUCGAAUAAAUAUCAGUGAGAUAUUUUGAGAUGUUUGAAUAAUUCCUUUAGAGGAAUUAUACAAAAUUAAUAUGUAUGUAUGAGAUCUUUGUAAAAAAAAUUUUU